AGAAAUGAAAGAGACAGUGAGCACUCAGGGGAAAGAUGAAGGCAGACAGCUGUGUUUUGGUGUUGCUAUUUUCAGCCUCUGGCCGCUGCUCUGCUCCCCUGGUCUGGCCCGGCCUAUUUCUGUCCUGGGCUGGUCCUGCUGCUAUUCCUGGCACCUGAGAGAGAGAGCGAGCGGUUAUGAAGAGUAACAGAGAGAGAACGUGUAAGACAGAGCGAGUGAGCAGUAUAGAGAUGGAAAGCCUGUGAGAGAGCUGAUGUUGUCACCUAUAACGCUUCCUGCGUUUUAUUGUUUAUCCGUCUGAUGAGAGUCGAGGGACAGCUGAAGAAAAGCCAGAGGAAAACAAGAGGAGGUCUGGAAAAAGCGUUGUGGCGUGGAGAAGCGUCUCUGUUGUGAGGUCAAUUACAAGUUAUGCUGCAGACCAUUUACGAGGUGGACUCGAGCAUCACUGCUGAGUGGAGGAGGAGAGUUUCAGACGCACACAGCACUGCCAGCGAAUCAGGUACCACACGUGCAGAGGUGCUGCCCGUGGUGGGCAGGUCUGGGGUCAGUAUGUUAGACUGGGACCGUGAUUCGGACGACUGGGAGAAGCAGUUACAGCGCGAGCUGCUGCUGAUCCAGAGACAGCAACAGAUCCAGAAACAGCUCCUCAUCUCGGAGUUCCAGAAACAGCACCAGAUUCUGUUGAGACAGCACCAUGUGCAGCUCGAGGAACACAUCCAGCUCCAGCAGGCUCUGUUAACCCUUCGGCAGCAGCAGGAGGUGUUCGCCGAGGAGCAUCGGCUCGUGGCUGAGGAGGAGAGAGAGGAGGUGCGAGAUGAGGAGAAGGAGGCUCACAGGAGAGAAAUGCAGAAACAGCAUCACAGGAGGAAGGAGAGAUCUAAAGAGAGUUCAACGGCGAGCACUGAAGUACGACAGAAACUGCACAACUUUCUGAUGAGUAAAUCAGCCAAAGAUCCGUCAGUGUCCAGCGCCGGCUUCCCCCUCAGCCGCUCGAAACUCUGGUACAGCUCUGCCCACCCGGGUCCUUCAGAACAGAGAUCCCCACCGCAAGGAGAAACCCCUCCUACCUUCAAAUACCCUCUGACCUCCGGCCUGGACUACAGAGAGGACUUCCCUCUCAGGAAGACUGCGUCCGAGCCCAAUCUGAAGGUGAGGUCCAGACUCAAGCAGAAGGUCUCUGAGAGGAGAAGCGCUCCCAUGCGCCGGAGAGACGGCAGCGUGCUUGUCACACCGCUGAAGAAACGAAGUCUGGAACUGACGGAUUCCUCAGCCAAUGACAGCUCUGCAGGUUCUGGACCCAGCUCACCUAUUGGCUCGUGCAACAAUGAGAACGGAGCCUUGUAUCGAUCCACGGCUCAAAUCCAGCGCUGUCUAUCUCAGGGGGCCGUCUUGCAGAUGGAUGGAUCUGUGUCCCUGCUGAAUUUAUACACAUCUCCCUCUCUACCAAACCUCACGCUGGGUCUGCAUCCGGCCCACGCGCACAUCUGUACGGGUACGGCGCUGAAGGAUCGGACCGCUGAAGGACUCGCGGCCACCGCGUUACCUGCCCCGCUGGAGUCUAAAGCGAGCAACGGCCAGCAGGCGCUUCUACAACACCUGCUGCUGAAAGAGCAGAGACAGCAGAGGAUGAUGUCACCUGUCACAGGCAGUGUUCCUGCUCUCUCUCCAUCUCCUCUGGUGAUGAAAGAUCGUUCUGCGGCCGCGAGCUCUCGCUCCAGGUUACCGCGUCACCGGCCGCUGAACAGAACGCAGUCGGCGCCGCUCCCUCAGAGCACACUGGCCCAGCUGGUACUCCAACAACAGCAUCACAACUUUGUGGAGAAGCAGAAACAACUCCAGCAGCAGGUCCAUAUCAGUCAGGUUCUGUCUCAGUCUAUAGAGCAGCUGAGGAACGCCAGCACUCAUCUGGAGGAGGAAGAUGAGGAGGGCUCUUCAUCAGAGCAGAGAGAGCCGGAGGUGACGUUUCCUCCUGCUGGAGUGAUCCGGAGCAACACUUUACACAACACGGGACUGAUGAGACUGAAAAAAGAGCCGCAGGAGACAGAGAGAGAGAGCGAGAAUGAGCGAGAGAGAGAGACAGGUGAAGAACAGAAGAGAAAGAGCGAUGCUGAACACCGGCUGCAAAAUAUGACGGAAACUGAUGUUUGAGAGACAAAGAGAGAAGAAGUUAUCAGUUUUGAUGUGAAAGGUCACCCUGACAGAUACACAAAGAGAAAAAGAGGGAAUAUAAAAAGUUGAAAAUGUGGUUUCUGGAGGGACGUGGGGUUUAAACGCACCUGUGCCGAACUCUUCAUCAUCAUCAUCCUCACUGAAACUUCAUCUUCAAUCACUCCCUGUUAGUGUGACACUGUACGUGACCUCUGACCUCUGCAGGCCUCUGAUCUUCCUUCUCUGAUUGUUGUUGUUGUGUGUGAGGCUAAAUAAAGAGCAGCGAUGACCGCUGAGCUUCAUUUACCCCCCACAUUAUAACCAAACAGUAGCAGGAUCUACGUGUGGAGGGUCGUCUGUCUACACCGCACUCUUCUCAGAAUCACUGUGCUGUUAGACUGACGUCCAUGGGCUUUUUAAUGUUUGAUGCAAGAGAUAUUUCUGUCAAUCAUGUCAGCGUCAAUGUGACGUGAGACGAAAAUUUGUCCAAACAUCAUCCUGACCGAGUUUCUAACCAGAAAGAAAUAUUGAAGCUUUGUAGAGCAAGAUUUUGGACCAAUGAGAUUUAACUAUAAAGAAAGGAAUUGAAAGAAUGUCUUUUAUUUCUUCUGGUUAGGAUAAAAAGAGAUUUAUCAUCUGAUCACAUCGGGACUUGCUUUGUUCAUUUGUUACAAUUGCUUUGGUUUGAAGCACACAAAAUAUUCACAGAAAUGUAUAAAUCGAUUGCUUCGCCCCUGCGAUUUUACAAUGUUGAUUGACAUGAAGAGUCUGUUCUUGGACAGUUUUUUUGUGUCUUAUUUUCUUGUCUCACAUUAAAAAAACUGAAGUAUUCUUUAGUGUUUAAAUGGUAGUGUACUGUAGUAUAUUAUAGUAUAUACUUACUACACUUUGUGAAAGUAUACUUCAGUAUUCUGCAGUAAAUAUGGUGAAUUGAGACUGUCGUAUACUAAAGGAUUUCCUACACUAAGGUUUAGAAACAUUAUAGUAUCUAUGACAGUUUACUAUAGUAAAUACUGAAGUAUACUACAGUGUUUAGGUUAUUUGGUUUUGACGUUUCUUUAACCAAAUUGAAAUAAAGGGAGGCCUUGUGUCCUUUAACAAAAUAAAAAAAUCUCGAAAGGAAAAAAUGCAAAUGAUGUGUAACAUUUUGUGAAUGUCAAUCUCAUUUUGUGAUCACACACUGUGUUAAACUCAUUUCAAACGGUCACGGCCGGAUGAGGAAUUGUUCAGUUAACAAAUCCCACGAAAUAAAUCAAUGAUUGACAUUUUCACCAUCACGUGGUCCUGAACGUACAGCAGCCGUGUUUUCACUUCAGCGGUAUGUAAAUAGAGUUUAAUUAUUCGCUGUUGCGGUAUAGAUUGAAACAAUAACUGCAUGAAAUGUCCUGGGUCAAAGGUCAUGUUUAUGUUGACAUUAUAGUUUUCAAAUAA